GGUGAUAACGACCUACCCUUUAUCAUAGUCCUGUUUGUCUGUUAUGCUUCUUAUUUGUGAGGCAGGCUUGGGGCAUGCAAUGCACUCGAGCAGCACGCCAGACCUAGCAAAGAAGCAGCAGCGGUGAACUUCAGCGUGCUCCUGCCGUUCAUCUAGCCUGUCGUCCAAAUAAGGAAGAUAACAGAUGAAAGGGACCACGUAUUGUCAGUAGUACUCUAUGACCCCGCCAAUUCGGUACCUCAAGACCCAUGGCUACUGCACUGUGUCGAGGAUUGCAAGGAGGCAUUUUCCGUACGGCUACAUUUUCAUCUUUUACUAGAUGGACGAGCGCUAAACAUCCAGAUAAACUUAGGACAAUUCUCAUUCAGCCUGCCUCAUAUUUCAAGAAAGCGGACAAUGCCAGAGAUCUUCAAGAUAGCAGUAAACCUUUGGAAUAUUCCUCUAAAAUCAAUAACCUUGAGACUGGACAGGCAGAACAUGACUCUAAGCAGCAAUAUCUGAAACCGAAUAUUCGGCCAAGAGUUAAAAAGCUAGUAUUGCCUCGGGAAAACCCAUCGGAGAAAUUAGCAAAAAUUUAUAGGCAAAGCAGAACAGAGACCAUUUAUAAUGAAGCUGAGUCUUACGACAGUAUGGCUGAUCCUCGAGGGUUUCAACAAAGUAGACCAGAGUACAAAUCUCUGUGCUACAACUCUGAACAUACUAUGUGUAUUUCCGCGGAAGAAGGGGAAACCCUUCUACAGAAAUUGGCUUGCAUUGAUGAUCUAGCUCCUGCAGAUGUUUAUGAAUUUUUGGAAAAACUAAGUCAUCUACCUGAAGACCAUAUUGACAGACUAAAAUCUAAUAAACAUUUUGAGAAACUUUGUAGCCGUAGCAUGGAAGUCCUUCAACUUUACACCCAUGGAGACCUAAUUUGCAUCCUCCAUGCCCUUGUCCCGCUGAAAGCUUCUGUCAGCCGCCCCAUGCUAAAAGCUUAUGAAGAAGAGUUUAGUCGUCGGGUUUGGUACUUAUCUACCAAUGAGCUGCUGCUGGUGGCAGAUAUGUGGAGAUGCCUAUCAUAUAGCGUACCCAAAUUUUUGGCCAUAAUGUACAGUUAUAUGCACUUGCGUUGUAUGGACCUAAACUUGGCUCAGGCCAUCCAGUUAAUAUAUAUUAUUGGUGAAGGAAGACAUGCACCUGAGGAGCUGAUGGAGAAACUUGAGGCCGUGGUAUUAAGGUAUCUCCAGGCCAUCAACCUAGAAGAAAUUGGUACGAUUUGUCUAGGAUAUUUCAAAACUGGUCAUGGGUUAUCGGAGUACUUAAUGAGAAAGUUUGGCGACAGGGUUGUAGAAAACAUAAACGACAUAAGCAACUAUGCUUUAGUUAACAUUCUCAAGAUGUUUAGGUUCACUCGGGUUGACCAUAUGGACUUUUUUAAGCGGGUUGGACAGGUGGCCCGUGAUCGUAUACCUAACAUGGGCAUUCAGGGUAUCAUGCAUAUGACCCUUUCCUUCUCCUCGAUGCAUGUUCUGGAUGAAGACCUUAUGAAUACGGUAGCAUCGGUCAUUCCUGAUAGAGUGUCUUACUGUAGAAGCAAAGACAUUGCCAAGUUGCUGUGGUCUUUUGGUAUUCUGACCUAUAAUCCACCCAACGCUGAUAUUUUUUACUCUGCUUUGAUUAACGAAAUCUAUAAGAAUCUGCAAGAAUUUAAGACGUUUCCAGAACACUUCUUGACUUGUCUGAUGGCCCUGGCUUUCUGUCAGAGGUUCCCCCUAGAUCUUAUUGAGGUGGCCUUGAGUGAAGAGUUCUUAAUACAGUCUACUAAAAUAAGCAUGUAUGAACUGAAGAAGGAUCUCUUUACUAUAGCUGGCAGCGUAGAGAUCGAAUGCCCGGAGUACACUGGAAAAACCAUUUCACCCGAGCUCCGACAAGAAGUCACGGAAAUGCUUAUCAAUUUCUCAAAUCAAGACAUAUAUGUGAAAGAGGAGGCACUGGAAGCUGCCUCCAUGCUGGAGAUCUUGUUGGAAGGAGCAGAGUUUGUAAAGCACCAUAUGAUCUUGCCUCAUACUAGAUCGAAAGACCUGGAGGUGCACUUUGAUAUGAACAACAAGCCCAUCCCACUGAAAGCAAAUGUCAAAGUCGCACAAUCUAAGAAGAAACCCAUUGGCAUUCAAGUCACUGAUGACCUCAUGAGCCGGUUACUGAAUAAAAACCAAACUCCUGGUGAUGCAAAGUCCAGCUCUAGAGCGAAGAGUACCACCAAAAUCACUGAAGACCUGUUGUCCCGGUUGACCACGAGAGAAAAACUUACUAAAAUACCUGCAACUGAGGUCACUAAGCUGGCAAUCCAGGUUACUAACCGUAAUCACUACUGUUAUGGACGCAAGCGGCUCUUGGGUCUCCAUGACAUGAAGAGGAGGCAGCUGCGAAAGUUGGGUUACGUGGUGGUUGAGCUGCCGCACUGGGAAUGGUAUCCUCUGUCGAAACGAUCACAGUCGGAAAAACUUUCCUAUCUGCAUCAUAAAGUGUUUGGGUCUCUGGAACGUGUCAGGUGAUGGGUGUUUGCGUCUAUUGUGUCGGCUGCUAACGACAUCAUUAUCCUGGCUCCGAUGCAGCAGCAUAAGGUCAUAGGUGACCCACCAGAAGAGAUUGGAAUGAAAUUGAUUCAGGGGUCACAAUAUAGAUCCUUCGUAAAUAAUAAAAUUCAAAAUAUUUCACUGGUUUUAAAUGGACACAAACAAGGGUGAUCUCUGUUCCUGAUGGUGAUGUUUUUUAUUUACAAUGUAAAUAAAAAAGCUGCAGGAUUUAAGUUUUUCUGUGUGAUAUAGUUUUUAUUUUUAUUAUUUCAUUAGAAAAAACAUGCUUCUUUCUUCCAAAAAUGACACACCU